AUGGCGACGAAAAUCAACGACGGGCUCUUCAUCGGAGACGCGGAGGCAUCACAGGAUCCUGAAUUCAUCGAGUUGAAUAAGAUUACGUUCGUUAUCAACUGUGCGGGCCGCCAGCUGCCAAACUUGUGGGAGCAGCACGGCCUCCACUACCUCACGUUCCCAUGGACAUCAGAUCCGGACUGUACUCUCUUCGAUGGAGGAAACGUUGUCAUCGAGCAGAUCACGAACUUCAUUGACGAGGCCGCGGAAAAGGGGGACAGCGUUCUUGUGCACUCGCUUGAUGGCAGAGGCAGAUGUAUAGCCUGUGUAUCCGCGUACCUUAUGUUCAGAUAUCGUUGGAGUUUCGAGAAGGCGCUCGACUUCCUGUGCAACAAGCGGCCGGACGCCGCUCCGAACCCCGGAUUCGUCCAACAGCUUUAUCGGUUGGACUUGAGGCUCUACGAGCGGUGGUACGGCCAGAGCAAGAAGCCUACAGAGGACGAACGCAUACGGCAUGACCAAUGGAUACCGCUUGUCCCAGGCCAUGUCCCUGAUAGAGAACAGGUCAGACAGCCGCGCAACCAAGGCUUCAAGGCGGGGGGACAGUCGGAGUUCCCCGCCCCGUCCGCCGCGUCGCGAGAGAAGAACGGCAUCACCACCGUCAUCACCGAUGCUGCCGCUGGGUGCUUCGGCGGAGCGGCGUCAGCGUUCCCGUCCCUGGGGCAGCUCACAGAAGUCCAAGAAGAAGAGAUCGUGCUCGUGAAUUCGUUUCUCAACAGCCAGCCGCAGAUCGACGCGUUGCCGCCGGGCCGGGCAGACUACGAAGAUCACGUCCCAAAGGAGCUGCACUGGAUUGACCGGCCCCGCGUCGACAAGUUGACGGCCGCUGGCCGUCUGGGACGAACGAAGGAUCGUCGCCACCAGCACAUGAUACCCGUGUCACCCAGGACAGGCCGUGCAACCCCGGAACGCCCGGGAAACAGCUCAUAUCACGCCCUGUCGAGAGGUAACAAGACCGCGACUUCGACGACAACGGCACCGGUCGGAAUCUUGAAAAAGGCGGGCACAACAGAAUUAAACUUGGUGAUUGGUGGAGGCCAGACACUCCCUCGAUCCACCCAACCUGAGUCGCGUGAGGUUGGGGUACCCUUGCAAAGCGGCGAUACCCCCGCCGCUGUCUCGGGUGCAGAGGGCGCAGGCGGCGCGGCCCUGGUACCGAUAUCCUCAUCGCCGUCAUCAUCGACGCGCACGGUGGGCAGGGCUGAAGCCGACAAGGAGGUUGUCGUGGAAGACUUGAGCGACCGCUGGAGCCGCGGCGACGGCGGCACCGCGGGCAGCGGUCUCUCCGGGCACGAGACUGCCAGCAGCGGGGAGCUAUCGAGCGCCGGUCACUCGCAAGGCCCCGGCGCGCUUUUGCUCGAGGACGGGAUGGGCAACUCCUGCGCCGCCGAGGGCGACGACGAAACCGACACGAUUUCGACUGCCGGCAAUGAACCGGGCAGGUCCGACCACCGUUCGGCGCAAGUCUCCUCUUCGGUGGCCCCGCAGAAUGAUUUCUCCUCUUCCAAUUAUGCAGCACCGCCCGCCGACCGCACUCCAAAGCACAACCACCAGGGGGCGUCGCUCGAACGCGGCGUUCGAGAGGGCCGAGGUCCCGUGGCGGCAGGAAGGAAAGAGGAAAGGCAAGCUUGGGACGGCAGCACCGGCGGCGGCGGCGGUGCUGAUUCUGCUGGGGCAAAGAAAACGGGGGGUGACAACGGAAGAGGUCGAGCGGAUGAUUCCAGAGGCAAGACAGAACCGAACCUGCUGGAGACUACGGCGAGGUACAUCGAAAAGGCCAAGGCGUCUACACUCCGCGCCACGUCCAAUCCGCUACCGACCAAUAGGCAUACCGGCACCAAGAUUGACGUAGACGAAAAAGGGGUUUCUGUAGCGACCACCGAGACUUCCGCUGUAGGGCUAGGACACACCAAGAACCAGCUGCGGAGAGGCGGGAGCGAGGGGAGCCUGCAAAGAACGAUCCCUUGUAGUAGAACAACAGGGACGACGGCGAACCCCGCUGCACAGCAAGACAACAUACGCCUGCCGAAAGCGCCGGUGGGGAGACCAGCACCAAAGCACGGGAAGACGCCCAUCGACGACCCCCCGGGGCCCGGUUGGGGUUCAGACGACAUCCGAAGUGACGGUUUCGGCUCAGGCCGUCAGCGGAGAACGGAGCCAGGAGGCGACUCCCCAGUGGCGGCGGGGGAUGAGGCGUACCGACAGGGGCCCGGCAGAUGGGAAAAGAAGGGGUCGAGGCCGUACCCGGGGGCGACCGACGUCGGCGGAGGAACCCUGCAGCAACUCGCGCAGGCACCGAACCCCCAGCAGAGGAGGCUGCCUUCGCCUCGGCCUCAGCAGGAUCUCGGCCAGGGAGACCGCAGGCAAAGCUCGUCGGACGCAGGCCCCAUAUUCCCUCAGAAACGCCCGAACAGUGCUCCGCUACAGCGGCCCGAUGGCCCCGAAAGCGACAGCAAAAGCCCCGGCCCCGCCGAUGCCGCGGAAGAGGAAAGAACACGUGGUGGCGGUGGUAGCCCCGCGAUCAACUGCGCCUCCUCCUUCGGGGAAGGGCCGCCUCGGGCGCCCGCGUCUAGCUCCGUUGGCGCAGCAAACCAGGGGUAUCCGGCUCACGGCCUCAUGCCGUCUGGUUCGAUCGUACAGAUGAACGUCACCGCUGGUGAUCGGGGGGGGCGCUUGGGAGCGGCGGCACAUGGUGGGGGGGGGGGCAGCGGCGGCGGCAGCAGCAGCAGCAUCCGUCCCAGUUCUCGGGCUCAUGGGUUGUCUGUGGGGAGCAGUGGUGGCGGUCAGAGAGAGGCCCAAGCGACUUUGAGAAACGGAGGAGGAGGAGGAGGAAGAGAGGGGGGUGCGUAUUCCUCCACUGAACAGAGCCGCCUAGCGCUGAAAUCUUCUAGCGAAGCGAUCGAUGCUGAGCGACGCGGAGCCAAAACACACCAGUCCGGAUACAGAAGCAGCAAUAUCGGAUCCUUGCCUCGAGAAAUACGCACGUCUCAAACGGCAGAAGACUCUUCCCGGUUACGAGGCGCGGGGUCGCCCGCCGCUCUGCCAAACGACCGGGAUGUCGGUGUUGGUUCCGUGAAUACAGACCACGUACGUCCCCACGGGAGCCAACGUACCCCUUCAAGCAUGGCUCCCACUUCUCGCGCCAAGACAACCGGAAUUUUGCCGCCGAAAGCUGGUACUCUCCCUCUUCCAUCACGGAGACGGGGUAGCAGCAGUAGUGAUGGGCGGGAUGGCGAUGGCGGCGGCGGUGGGGGUAGCGACGACCUUCGAUGGGCAAACCCGGCACCACGAGGAAGGCAAGGCCACGCGAAGGGCUCUUCGGGGACGUACGGUUACCCGGGAUCGACGGACAAUCGCGGUGGCGGCAGCGUGCCGUCACGCAGACAAUCAGGAGACUCCUACGGGCAGAUGCCGCACGAUGGUGGUGGCCAACAACGGUCCAGCAGCAGAGCAGGCGGGGCUCCGAUAUACCGCUCGGGGUCACCGGCUCCAGUGCGCGGUCGAAAGACUGCCAACAACUCGGCAGGCGCGGCAAAAUCAGCCGACCCGUCGCGCUUCUUGUACCAACAGAGGGCGCGCGCAUCCGAAUACACCCCGUCUAGGAUACCGCCUGGCUUCAGGGGAUACAUGGCCUCAAGUGGCGGCGGCGGCGGCGGUGUUGCAGACAGUGGUAGGCGGGGGGCAACGGCUCGUCGGAGCCACGUACCGUCGCCGAAGACGAGAGAUCGCGGGCAAAGGGCAAGCGGCGGCGACACGGCCGGGCGAUACCCGGUGCCACGCGCAUCAUUGGUCGCCGACCGUUCUCCGGGACAGCGCCCAUCGACCUCGGAGGGAUUGACCGGCGGGAACGGUGCCGGGCGAAGGGGGAGGUCAGCCAGUCCAGCACCAAGGCCCUCCUCCGCCUCAGGUCGAAGGCGUUCUGCCAGCCCUUCGCCGGCCAGUCUGUUCACUAGCAAGAUCGACCCGAGCUUCGACCGGCCUCGAUGGAAGUAA